CGUCAGGCCAUGGUCCAUGGUCCGACAUACGUCAUACCUUAUUAGUCAUCAGUAAAUAAAAUCAGUUUGUGACUACGUGUAAAUUACAUUGUACUAUAAAAGCUUCACCUGUGUAACUUUCAUUACAAGUGGGAUCGGAGUUUGAGUUUACGUUUCGGUUCUGAUAUAAUUAUAUGCCAUAUUGGUGGACCGAUAAUAAACAGCAACAUGGCAUCAGGCUUUUCGAUUUCUGCAGAUGAUACUAAAUGUGAGGGAUGCUGCACCGAGGACACGGCUCAUGUGUCAUACCGAGUAGAAGUCAGACAGAAGCUUUGUGAUGGCUGCGCCCAUGAUAAACAGGGCUCCAUCAAUACCACCGAGUGGUUCUGCCAGAAACACCUAACGGACAAGGCCAAGAUCUACUGCUUGACUCACGAUGUCCCUAUCUGCGAGGCAUGUGCGAUCACCAUACACAAGUCAUCAUGCACCCUGGGAGAAAUAGAGGACACUCUGAAAGAUAGGAAAGAUGACUUGGUUCGUUUGAUCGAGGCGAGUAAGACAAAUGAAGAAACGUUUAGCCAUCAAAUGAAAUCAGUCGAUGAGGAACUUGGAGGACUAGAGCAGCAUUUUGCAAAGGAGGAGGAGAAACUGAGACUGGCUUAUGAAAGAGAAGAGAAGAAGCUCAAGGAAUCAUUCGGAAAUCAUCAGCGAAAACUGAAGGAGGUAUCCACCAGGCUUCGUGACAUGACCGAAUGCCUUCGGGAUCAACCUAAGAAGAAAUGCAAAGGCCUGGUUGAGAUGCGGACACGGGCUGAAGAACUGUUGACGAACAAGAGCGAUCUGAUGAGGGACUUUCAGGAGAUCAAUAACUCCCUGACAUGUUUGACAAACCAGAGUAAUCCAGAUAUUAACGUGAAGGUUGUUAUGAAGAGGGUUAUGGGUGUGGCCAAGAAGGUUUCCUUUACGGAAACUGAUAGUCAUGGGAUCGGAACCAUUGAGGCUCCAGUCGAAACCUGGGUCCCAAACGAUGAAUACAACCCAGAAAUCGGAAAACUGUCCUACAUGAUGGGUGCGAUCAGCGGGACUGAAGUAGUCAUAAAAGACAAUGAAAAGCACUCUAUCUAUAUCGUCAAUGUAGAGGCUAAAACAAAGAAAAAGGUGAUCAAAAGUAACAGUCCAUACGACUUAUGGCGAUGUGUGCCACUGAAGGACGUACGUCGUAGAAUCGUGUGUGGAUCCAAUGAUGGUGAGGUCAUCAUUUGUGAUCGCUCUUGGAAAGCACUCACAGUCAUCAGAGUAGCUGAAAGUUCUUCUGUAUGCGUUGCUGUCAACACAGAUGGUUUGAUCCUCGCCAACGCUAUCGGCUCUGGAACGAUCGGGAUCUACGACCCUGCUGACGGUAAACUACUUAGAUCAAUCGUGAAAAAGACUCCGAUAUAUGACAUGUGCGCUCUAGCAUCGGGACAAAUCGUGAUCCUUAACGAGUGCGUCGAAGGCAUCGACGUUACUGUCUUGGACGAUUCGGGCGAGAUCCUUGCUUCCAAGCACUGUCACGGCGAGGGAAUCAAAAGCCUUGUUGUCGACCGCGGACACGAUUUGAUCUACCUUCUCUCGUGGGAUCGUCACCAUUCCGAUUACAAGGUCUGUGUGUUGUCCACUUCAGCUGAGUUUGUUGCAGAACGAGUUGCUGAAUGUGAGCCAUCGUUCUGCAGUCCAAGCUACGCCAUUCCUAGACCUGACAGAAUGGUUAUUUACACCGAUGGAAAGUUACUCACCUUCAGAAAGACUAACAGAGGAUUACACCAACUGCUUGCUGAGAUUAAACUGAAAGAAGGAGCUGUAUGACAACCUAGCCCUAUUAGAUGAACAAUUGUUGAUACAGUAUUAUUUGGUGAAAUAACAUCUCGAUCCGCCUUCUACAGUAAUGUUGUAAAGUUGAGAAUAUAUGGUAGCUUAUUUACUAGUGCCAGAUUGGUCCGCGUUACAAUGUAGGCUAACAUAACUUAGGUGCAAUGUAAACGAUAAUGGAAAACAAUCAAACUGUGAGUAAAAUAGUUAAUCUUUUUGUUAAUGAAUUACAGAAACAUUCUGGGGACUAAGCGUCUUUACACUUUACAAAUAUUAUGCACCAUUCAGACAAUUCUCCUUAUACGUCGAUUUACUUUUAUCGUUCUGGAAGUUAAUAUUUAGAAUAUCAUUAUGUAGCUGAAAUCACGUAAUGUACUUAUUGGUCGUAUAAGUCGUGUACAUGAUGUGAUGUGUUUAUUAAACUUUAUUGAUGUACAUCAAUAUUCUGUUUAUAAACAUAAAUCAAUUUACAAUUUAAUGUAACAAAUUAAUAUU